CCCAGCAGCAGAUCACUCCAGCAUUUUCCCCCAAUUCGCCUUCCCCCUCGCUCUCUCUCCGACAACGGCGCACCACCGCCGCCGGCGCAAGUCCGCCGCCACAGCGCCGCCACCUCCGUGAAAGGAAGAGUUAACUGCCAUGAAAAGAAACGGGGAAGCCGUGGACGAUGAGGAGUUUGUUCCCGACACGAAGAAGCGGAGGGUGCUCGAGCAAUCAUCUCCCUCUUCGUCCCCAUUAGUUGAAAACCCACUUCAUCAACUGACUGCUUAUGAUGAUAUCGAUGACGAGGAAGAUGUUACGAGGGGGAGGCUGAGAAACGGUUAUCGAGAGGGAGUAGAUGGGUAUGCGGCGGCACAACAGAAUGGGCGUGGGGUUGAUGAAAGAGGAAAAGAAGAGGAUGAUAGCGAGAGUGACGAUGAAGAAGACGAGGAGCAUAAUAAAGGGAGGAGAGGUCGCCUUGUUGAGAUCCGGAGGGACUGCCCUUAUCUUGAUACAGUUAAUCGCCAGGUUUUGGAGUUUGACUUUGAGAAGUUCUGCUCUGUGUCUCUAUCGAAUUUGAAUGUAUACGCGUGUUUAGUCUGCGGGAAAUAUUAUCAAGGAAGAGGAAAGAAGUCUCAUGCUUAUACACACAGCGUUGAAGCAGGGCAUCACGUCUUCAUCAAUCUCCAGAGUGAGAGGGUUUACUGCCUGCCUGAUGGAUAUGAGAUCAAUGAUCCCUCCUUGGAUGACAUUCGGCAUGUGCUGAACCCAAGGUUUACAAGGGAGCAAGUUCAACAGAUUGACAAAAACAAACAAUGGUCUAGGGCUCUUGAUGGUUCUGAUUACCUUCCUGGGAUGGUGGGACUGAAUAACAUCAAGGAGACUGAUUUUGUCAAUGUCACAAUUCAAUCUUUAAUGAGAGUUACUCCUUUGAGGAACUUUUUCCUUAUUCCUGAAAAUUAUCAGCAUAGCAAAUCUCCACUUGUUCAUAGGUUUGGAGAACUCACCAGGAAAAUUUGGCAUGCGCGAAAUUUUAAAGGACAGGUAAGUCCUCAUGAGUUUCUGCAGGCAGUUAUGAAAGCCAGCAAAAAACGUUUUCGGAUAGGUGCACAGUCUGACCCAGUUGAAUUUAUGUCGUGGCUUCUUAAUACUUUGCAUGCGGAUCUCAAAACUUCAAAGAAAAGGAGCAGCAUUAUUCACGAGUGCUUUCAGGGGGAGUUGGAAGUUGUAAAAGAGAUUCCUGGCAAAAUUAUGGCUGAUAAGAGAGAAAGUGGUGAUGACCAGGAUGGCAAUGCAAAUCUCAUGGAUAGUGGGACUGAACUUAAUAGUGUAAUGUCUGACACAUCUAGAAUGCCCUUCUUAAUGCUUGGACUUGAUUUGCCACCACCGCCUCUUUUCCAAGACGUAAUGGAGAAAAACAUUAUACCCCAGGUACCCCUUUUUAACAUACUGAAGAAAUUUGAUGGAGAGACAAUAACAGAGGUUGUCCGUCCACGCCUAGCAAGGAUGAGAUACCGUGUCACGAGAUUGCCUCGGUAUCUCAUUCUCCAUAUGCGGAGAUUUACCAAAAACAAUUUUUUUGUGGAGAAGAACCCAACUUUAGUUAAUUUUCCUGUCAAGAACUUGGAAUUGAAGGACUACAUUCCAUUACCCACACCGGGAGAUAAGGAGAGGUUGCGAUCAAAGUAUGAUUUGAUUGCCAACGUUGUUCAUGAUGGCAAACCUGGUGAAGGUUCUUACAGGGUUUUUGUUCAGCGGAAGUCUGAAGAACUUUGGUAUGAGAUGCAGGAUCUGCACGUUUCAGAAACCCUUCCUCAAAUGGUUGCACUCUCGGAGGCAUACAUGCAGAUAUAUGAGCAGCAUCAGUAGGAUAAUUUUGGUUGAAAAAAUUUUCAGUGUCUUUUGCUUUGCAACUUCACACCCCGUUGGUGCUGGACUUCAAAUCAUCGAAACAGAAGUUCGAUCUGUAUGUGAGACUACCUGUCAGAUCUGUCUCUUCUGAGCUGCUCGGGUUUUUGGAUGAACCUUAGAUAUAGGUUAUCGUGCUUUGCUAUCAGAUGACUAAUGACGUGAAACCUGUAUUCUGUUGACUGUAUAUGAUCAUUAGCGAAACCUUAAGCUUAGUUUACAAUGAGUAAUGAAAGAGGGUGGUUGCGGCA